AUGGCCGAAAUAGUGCUUGAGGAAAUCUCGAAGAUCUCCAACGUUCUUGAUGCGGUACCAAUGAAGCCCGGAGUGGAAGCCAAAUGCUUCUUUCUUGGAGUCUACAAACUUACCUUCCAGGAUGUCAAAAGCUUAGAACUCACAGAGCCUCGGUGGGAACAGCUUCAUCCGGUCGCUGUCAACAAGCUCUUGAAGCUCGGAAUCUCGUUUGGUAAUUUGGUCAAGUCUUUUCUGUUGGAACAAUCUGCGUACGAAAGCAAACAGGCCCAAGAAUUGAAUAUGAGAAAGAACUCUCGUCAGGGCGUGGAUCCCUUUUUGGAAAACUAUCGCCCACCAAAGUUGCCAGUUGCUCCACAUUACGUGAAUUUUUCCCGGAAUUUUUUUCUCUUGUUGAAGAAUUUCGAUAUUGGAACUACACAACAAGUUGAGGUCAAACGGAGCCGAAACUCGCGUGCCAGCUCAGGAUUUGGUGAUUCAGACACCCAGUCAAAUACCGGGUCACAGACAACCACAAGCUCGGGCAUGAUUGGGCUGCCCAUCAAGUUGAAUUCUCGCCAGUUGCUUAUCGAGAAGUUGGAGAUAAACAUCAAGCUUGACCCGUUGUUCACCAUGAAAAUCGUGCUCAAGUUAUUGGUGAGCAUGUUUACCAUAGUGCGGGCGCUGGUGGACAGCAUUGCGGCUGAUGAGGUGAGUGAGCUUUCUGCCAUCAAAGCAUACUCGGAAAACUCGUCUAUCUUCUCAAAUAACUCAAGUACGUCAGGAGGAAAUCUGGAUCCAAUUCUGUCAAUGGACGAGUACGUUCGAUUGAUAAAGGAUAUCAUAUUGCGGGUCAAUCUGGGGAUCGUGGAUCCACUCAAUAACAUGCUACUAGCGGAGAUUGUUGAGCCUCGUGUUGUAGCCAGUUUCCUGAGUCUUGCUAAUAACAUAUAG